CGCAUCUGCUGCUGCCCGAUGAUGGUGGGCUGAUGCUCUGGGCCCUCCUUAUCUAACCUGACAAUGAAAGUUUAACCUCAUUCAUCCCUUUUCGGACUGCGCUUUUACUCAGCUACAGUGAGCCGUAAAAAAAAAUACAUGUUUUUAAUUUAAUGUAAGAAUGGAAGACGACUGUGUAUGUGACUACGACUCGACUUGGGACACCGAGAGUGAUGGUGACGACCCGGCGGCCGGAGAGAGCAAGACCCGUCGGUCAAAUCUAGACAAAAACAAACCGUCUUGGGCUUUAUGGCAUCACACGCCCAGAAACCUGAGGGCAGCAAAGGACAUGCAGAACUACAGAAGAGGAUAUCCUAAUUUAACUGAUGACGAGUGCACAGAGGAUAAAAUGAGCAAUUUACAAUUUUACCUGAACAAGUUUCCAUCUUCCCCUGACGAUGUCUACAUUGAAUCGUUUCAUAAAGAUUGGAAAAAUGAUUAUAAAAGACUGGAGAGGGUUCACUCCUACAUUCAGUGGUUGUUUCCACUGCGAGAACCAGGGGUUAAUUAUAUGGCUUCAGAACUCACCAAGAAAGAAAUCGAGGCCUUCAAGAAGAAUGAAGAUGCCAAAAGAAGACUAGUAGAAUCCUAUGAGCUCAUGUUGGGCUUUUAUGGCAUUCGUUUGGUCAACAAGGAGACGGGCGAAGUGAAACGUGCAGAAAACUGGAAAGAUCGCUUUGGAAACCUGGAGAGGAAUAUGCACAACAACCUGAGGAUCACUCGCAUCCUGAAAAGUCUCGGGGAGCUUGGCUUUGAGCACUAUCAAGCCCCACUUGUGCGCUUCUUCCUGGAGGAGACUCUGGUGAAGAAGACGCUCAGCAGUGUUAAACGCAGUGUGCUCGACUACUUCCUGUUUGCCGUUCUGGACAGGCAAAAACGUCAGGAGCUCGUGAAAUUCGCUUACCUCCACUUUGAGCCAAAGGACAAGUUUGUGUGGUGUCCAAGGAAGGUUCAGAAACAAUUUAGAAAGGCAGAGAAGAGCAAAGAUGGAGAUGCAGCUCUGCAGCAUAAGGAGGAGGGACUAGAUAAUAUCACCAAGGCUCAGAAAGGAAGCGAUAAAAAUAAAGACAAAAGCAAACAGCCUGCGGACUCUGCCAGACCACAGGCAGAAGACGAGCCAGUCAGAAACGGUAACGUGGAGCCAGAGUCUAAUGUUGAAGUCGUGAGGAAUGGAAACGACUCUCCGGAUGACGAUCAAGACAUGGAUCAGUCGCCCAGUCCCGACACGACCACACAGCCUGAGCCCGACGAGCAGAAAUCCACCAGCAACUCGACGGACGCCAUCCAGGAAGCUGAGGUCAUGCAGACCGACGGCGACGUACAAACUGAAAACCCGCCAAAAAAGAAGAGGGAGGAAGACGAGGCGCUGACGGACCACCUUGCUGAGCACUCUGCCAGUGGACAGGUGGGGGGGGGAGCUGUUGCUGAUAAAUCCACGGGUCAGCUGAGCCCAUCUGUGCAAACUCCACACAAGACUUCUAAACACUCGCCCUCUCCGUCCUCCGAGAGGGAGGGGAAAAUCCCCAGGACUGACUUCAGCCAGCAGCCGAACCCUGAAGAGGCGUCGGAGGAGGAGGUGUCUGGGACGAACGGGGUGGAAAACAACAGAAGUGUGGAUGAACAGAGGAACAGGACGGAGUCGGAUGAUGAAAUGGAGUCCAGCUCGGAACAAAACCUGACACGUUCAUGAAUAAUGAGUGACUGGUGAAAACGCCUGUGAGCUCUGUAACAUAAGGACAGAAUAUGACUUUAAAAGAGUUUCCAGGCCUUAUUUUUAUUGUAU